GAUUUUGUUAUGACCUCUUGCCUGUUUUUGGAUGUGAUUUUUGGAUUCCUCAUUAAAUACUGCGAUUGGAUCUCUGUUUGUGUGUACAUUCGUAACAUCUUCUUGUGAAAUUAUAGCAUGAUGAACUGCUUUUAGUCCAUCAUUCUAAAGCUGUCAUUCUUCACAGACUAGAAAGUUAAUUAGCUGUAAUAAUAUUAUAUUUAGACAAGCAGUUGGACGAUUAUAAAACAAAUUGUCUGCAUUAUCUAGUUGUCAGGUAGGCCUACCAGAUGACCCACUCCUGUCAGAGCAUGCCAUGUGGUAGCUAAGAGAUGAAAUUAAACAAACACAGACUACGGGAAACAGUUCACAAUUUAUAGGAUAUAUGGAGAGCCACGUGACCAAUCAAGAACGCACUCGAAACAUUCUACUGGAACAAGCCAUGAAGAUCAGGGACGAUGUGAUGACUGCAACUCAGGGUUCAGUCCGGAUGGAGUCUUCUGCUAGAAAACUACUGGAAAACCACAUUCAGAUCAUAACUCACAUUGUCAAACAGCUCAGCAAAGACAUCCAGGUGCUGGAAGCGCAGAUUAUUGAGAGAGACAACCUUGCUGCAGGGACAACUUUUGCAGUCAAGAGCUUGGAUCGCAAGAACAUGACGGGUAUUGGGGAUCUCAGAGGCAGAGUGGCAAGAUGUGAUGCUAGCAUUGCAAAAUUGUCAUCAGAUGUUAGUGCUGGAUGGCGGGACAUCCUGAAACUCCAGCAGGAAGUGAGCGAGUUACACUCUGGGCUGGAGCUGAAGCUGAAAGACAUGGAGCUCAAGCUGUCUCAGGAUGUUGGAAAACUAGAGGCAUCACUGUCAGAGAAGUUCAUUUCUCAGAGGAACACCACUGGAGAUUUACAGAAGGACAUAAAACGACUGGAUUUGAAGAUCUCUAGUGGUCUGAGGGAGGUGGAGGAGCAGACAGUGAGACUGAGGAAGUGGGCAGACGAGCAGAUGAAAACCACAGUUCAAUCACACACACAGAGCAGCCAGCAGCUGCACACACUGCUGCAGGAGAGAGCGGUUGAAGUGGAAAGCAUGUUAAAGGAGAACAUGGCUCUUCUCUCUGGUCAUGUGGAGAGGUUGGAGGCACAGUUGGAGAAGGUGCGAUCAUCUGACAGGACCAAGCGCUCAGAGGACAAACUCAACCGCAAGAUCAACACUUUGGAGCAGUGCUUCAGAGAAGAACUAGAGCAGAUGAGGAGGGAGUACCAGUCAGGGUUCCAGGCGGUUCAUGAUGCUAUUGCGUCUUUGAGACAUAUCGGCGACACCAAAGCAAAGCUGGACAAAGGAGAGCUGCAACGAGACAUUAGACAAAUCCAGAGAAACAUGGUAGGACUGAAGGAGCCCUGACUGGAUUAUUCUUUCAGAAGACAUAUAUACUGGAAUAUACAACCUGUGUGAGAACACAAAGUAUGAUUCAGCAAAAUAUGUGCAGAUGGAUAAUAUAAUCAAAUAAGCUCUCAAUUGUUUUCUACAUAAAAAAACCCUUUGUGUAGAGUCAUUUCCUUUAAAUCUCUUUUUUGUAGACCAGACUUUAAAGUCAGAUUCUGAGUGAACAUCAUAGUUGAUGAAAUUCAGUCAAGGUACAAUUAUGGCAAAUCCAAUAUUAGAAGCACAAUACUUGUGCAUGCUCAAUACUGAAAGAUUAGGAAGAUUAAUUGUUCUGUUUGUCUGCAUGUCACCAGGCCAAUAUUGAUUGUAAUGAAUGUUGGAAUAAACAAACAAGAUUGUUUUGCUUUCAUUUAAUUUUCCAAGUCACCAAUGCAUACUUGCAAAGCAUAAAUACACCCAACAUAAACCACUAUUGUUAUUGUUAUGUGCUUUAAUAUUUCAGAGACUCGAUGGCUUCCUGCAGUUGACCAUAGGUCAGUUAUGCAGAGAUGACUAAAGUCAGUUAUUUGGAAAUGACAGUGGGAAAAAACACAGGUCUGUUUGUUCUGCCAGUGCUUCUUGUAGGGCAAAGACAAAUGUCAG